CCAUAAUAAGAUUUUGGUAAUUUUUAUUUUUCAUCCAAACUGUUGAUAAUGUCAAUAAGAAAUGUAUGAAGUUAAGAGACAAAUAUCAGAUUGAUUAAAAACUUUUAUAGCCCACAAAAUUUUUUUAAUGGUAAUUCUUCACUGUUUCUAGUGGCAUGGUCCACCUGAGUUUUGAAUAUUUUUGAUAUUUGGGAUAUAUAAAUAAAAUGAAGUAUAAAAACAUAUGGAUGGAGUGGAUAUACAAAAAAUAUAUCAAGGUGAGCCCCACACGGUUAGGGUCGGGUAACAACUAAUCCGCUCCCAAAUCGACGGCAGAAAAUGAAAAGCAAGAACAGCCAAAUAUCCAAUGCUAGAAACUCAAACGAACUGAAAGUAACAUGAUAGGGCCCAGCAUCUGUGUGGACCAGAUUGAUGUAUCAGCAUUCCACACGUGCUGCGGAGUGUUGGAUGUACCGUAUUAUGGUUCUUCCGUUUGUACGAUAUCGUCUCUCUAAAGACCUGACAGAUGGUGUUGAUGAGAAGGAACUGGAAAAAGGGGAAAAAAACUUCCAAAAAUAUCAAAAUCGAAGCGUUAGAAAAACCAAAAUUCCAAAUUUCAGAAGAGAAAGGUCAGGAUCUCUCUCUCUCUCUCUCUCUCUCUCUCUCUCUCUCUCUGCUGUGAAAAGCCAUGGCAGCAGCAGCAGCAACAGCUGCAGCAGAAGCUUCUUCAGGAUCUAGCGGUGGAGGAGGAUCCGCAGAUUCCUACAUCGGCAGCGUGAUUAGCUUGACAUCCAAAUGCGAAAUCAGAUACGAAGGCGUCCUCUACAACAUCAACACCGAUGAAUCCAGCAUCGGUUUGCGGAACGUAAGAUCAUUUGGAACUGAAGGACGAAAGAAGGAUGGCCCACAAAUUCCUCCAAGCGACAAACUUUAUGAGUACAUACUCUUCCGUGGUAGUGAUAUCAAGGAUUUACAGGUCAAGUCCUCCCCACCUGUUCAGGCUACACCAUCUGCACCUAUUCACAAUGACCCUGCUAUUAUACAGUCACACUAUCCUCAGCCAACAACUGUAUCCACAAGCUUGCCUUCUGCUGGAAGUGGGACUUUAGCAGAUCCCAGCUCACACACAUCACAAAUAGGAAUGCCACGGCCGGCAUUCCAGGGUGGUUUGCCUCUAUACCAACCUGGGGGAAGCUUAGGGUCGUGGGGUUCUUCACCCAAUCCAAAUGCAAAUGGUCCUGGCCUUCCAAUGCCAAUGUAUUGGCAAGGAUUUUAUGGACCCUCAAGUGGGCUACCUCAGUUCCAACAACAACCUUUGCUUCGGCCACCGCCAGGCUUGUCAAUCCCUCAAUCCAUGCAGCAGCCAAUGCAAUAUCCCGGCAUGAAUGCACCAUUGCCCCCUGGAGCUCCAAAUAUGACUGAAUUUCAUUCUUCUUUAUUGCCACCAGUUAGUAGUAACCUGAGUCUAACCUCAUCUGCUUUACCAUCAUCUCUGACUCCUACCCAACCUGCAGCAUUAGCUUCUGAAGCAUCACCAAGUCUGAUUUCAAAUACAGUCCCAAUCACCUCUCUUCCCACUACAACUCCAACUGCUAACUUGCCAUUGUUGUCGCCUUUAACUUCUUCUAGUUUUGACAUAAAUGCAUCUGUACCACCAAUGUCUAGCAAACCUCAGACAGUUCGUGGUCCAGCCCGAACCUAUCAAACUGUGGCUCAAUCUAUGUCCUCAGUUGUUGGGCCAUCUACUACAAGUCACAGCGAAACAUCAGUACCUUCGUUGGUAACUCCAGGCCAGUUACUGCAGCCUGGACCCACAGUGCUUCCUUCAUCGCAGCCGUUACAUAAGGGGAAAGAUGUAGAGGUUGUGCAACCGAUAUCAUAUGAACCAUCAGCAUCAGCUCCAACUGAAUCUCAGGCACCAAUAUUGCCAUUACCUACACCAUCAGAUCAUAAGCUGAAUGGGGCCGUCUUACAGAACCGUCACAAUAAUGGAGCUGUCUUACAGAACCGUCACAAUAAUGGAGCUGUCUUACAGAACCGUCACAAUAAUGGAGCCGUCUUACAGAACUGGCACAACAAUAGGGGCCGGGAAAGAGGAAGAGGAAAUGGGAUUUCACGUGCUGCAACCAAAUUCACAGAAGACUUUGAUUUCACGGCAAUGAACGAAAAAUUCAACAAGGAUGAAGUAUGGGGUCAUCUUGGUAGAAGCAAGGGUCAGUCGAGGGACAGAGAAGUGGAAGCAAGAGAUUAUGUUGCAGAUGAUGAUCUGGGUGAAGAUGAUGCAGAAUCCUCACAGUUCGAGGCAAAGCCUGUUUAUGUUAAAGAUGACUUCUUCGAUUCUCUUUCUUGCAAUGCACUUGAUCAUGGGUCCCGGAAUGGGAGGACAAAGUUUUCAGAGCAAAGGAAAAUUGACACUGAGACUUUUGGUGAUUUCCCAAGGCAUCGAGGCCGGGGUGGCCGUGGGCCCGGUUGGGGCAUCCGUGGUCGUGGCGGCCCCUAUUAUGGAAGGGGUUAUGGAUAUUUUGGGAGGGGCCGUGGUCAGUCCAUGUUGAACCGCGACUAGUUAGGGAGGGUAGGUGUUAUCUGUUUUGGGUUGAAACUGGCACAAGGUGUUGUCAUCAACCAAGACGCAAGACUGAUACUGAUGGAGAGCGUGACUGUAAUACUUAGGAGUGCCCUGCUUCCUUGCCAUUGUAGUGAAAAUAAGCAAAAGCUUAGAACAGAAGGGAUUUCAAUAGGACCUUGAAAUAAGCAUAUCAAUGUACAUGGGCUGAUAUAGUUGUGUAUGAUUGAACAUGCAGGUAGGAAUUGCAUUUCUUUUUCAA